AUGUUAACCCCUGAUAAUGCCUGCUCCGUGCCUACCUCUUUCUGGCUCACUGGCAUCCCUGGCCUGGAAUCCCUGCACAUCUGGCUCUCCAUCCCGUUUGGCUCCAUGUACCUGGUAGCUGUGCUGGGGAACAUAACCAUCCUGGCAGUGGUAAGGAUGGAGCACAGCCUGCAUCAGCCCAUGUACUUCUUCCUGUGCAUGUUGGCUGUCAUUGACUUGGUCCUGUCAACCUCCACCAUGCCCAAACUACUGGCCAUCUUCUGGUUUGGUGCCCACAACAUCGGUGUUAAUGCCUGUUUGGCCCAGAUGUUCUUCAUUCAUUGCUUUGCCACUGUUGAGUCAGGCAUCUUCCUUGCGGUGGCUUUUGAUCACUAUGUGGCCAUCUGUGACUCACUGCAUCAUACCUUGUUGCUCACCCAUGCUGUGGUGGGUCGUUUGGGGCUGGCUGCCCUCCUCCGGGGGGUAAUCUACAUUGGACCUCUGCCCCUAAUGAUUCGUCUGAGGUUGCCCCUUUACCACACCCAAAUCAUUGCCCAUUCCUACUGUGAGCACAUGGCUGUGGUCACCUUGGCAUGUGGUGACACAAGGGUCAACAACUUAUAUGGAAUGGGGAUUGGCUUUCUGGUAUUAAUCCUGGAUUCAUUGGCCAUCACUGCCUCCUAUGUGACGAUUUUCAGGGCUGUAAUGGGCUUGGCCACCUCUGAAGCCAGGCUUAAAACCUUAGGGACAUGUGGCUCUCACAUCUGUGCCAUCCUCGUCUUCUACAUCCCCAUUGCUGUUUCCUCUCUCACACACCGCUUUGGCCAUCGUGUGCCUCCCCAUAUCCAUAUCCAUAUCCAUAUCCUUUUGGCCAGCAUUUACCUCCUCAUCCCACCUGUCCUCAACCCAAUAGUCUAUGCUGUCCGCACCAAGCAGAUCCGAGAGACUCUUCUCCAUAUUGAGGCAAGGACUCAAACCAGAUUUCUGAGGAUUGUGGUCAAUAAGCUUGGUGGUAAGCUUGAGCACUCAGAGUACCCCGGGGACACCAGGGGACAAGCCAGUACUAAGUACUCGACUUAUUUAAACUUCAUAAAAACCCUCCUGUAUUAUCUCAACCCUGUCCCUGUUCAGCCCUGCUGUAGGGCUCUCAACCUCUUCUGCCUGUUUGGCCUGGCUCUCUUGAAGUCUCAGGCUCCCUUGAAGCCUGGGUCUGUCUCGGAAAAUCAGGUUCCCUUGAAGCCUGGGUCUGUCUCAGAAAAUCAGGUUCCCCUGAAGCCUGGGUCUCUCUCGGAAAAUCAGGUUCCCCUGAAGCCUGGGUCUCUCUCGGAAAAUCAGGUUCCCUUGAAGCCUGGGUCUCUCUCGGAAAAUCAGGUUCCCCUGAAGCCUGGGUCUCUCUCGGAAAAUCAGGUUCCCCUGAAGCCUGGGUCUCUCUCGGAAAAUCAGGUUCCCUUGAAGCCUGGGUCUCUCUUGGAAAAUCAGGUUCCCUUGAAGCCUGGAUCUCUCUUGGAAAAUCGGGUUCCCUUGAAGAAACCUCAGGCUCCCUUGUAG